AUGGAAACACGAAGGGCACGUAGAGUUGUUCUUCCCAUUAAUCCAUCGCUGGUUACUGUUCCAGAGCAUUCGGAUGAAAUGGUAGAAGAGCUAAAAGCCAAGCUGAAUCGUUAUUAUGAACAGUUGCAACAUGAAUUUCAACCAAAUAUAUGUAAGGUUGCUAAUGAUCUGGUGACCGUAAAACAACAGGUGAUUUAUCGUGAGCAAAUGCGCCGCAAAAACUACUUGAAAAUCUAUGGUCUUAUUUCAUUUCCAGCCGAUACCAAUGCUUUUGCUAAACUAAAGGAAAUGAUGACGUUUUUGACGCCAUUGUGCCAGUAUGAUUGGUGGCCAAAAAAAUUGGGUGAAAGAUUUAGGUAUGAGAUGAGACGUGUGUCAGGAUUUUUGGAAAUGUUGAAGAGUAUCAAAAACAUGAAAAUUGGUCGUGAAACAAAGUAG